ACUGAAAUGAGAGUGGUUCACAUCUCAGACACCGUCUCCAGCUGCAACAAACUUCACAACUCAGACACCGUCUCCAACUGCAACAAACUUCACAUCUCAGACACCGUCUCCAGCUGCAACAAGGUUCACAUCUCAGACACCGUCUCCAACUGCAACAAACUUCACAUAUCAGACACCGUCUCCAGCUGCAACAAGGUUCACAUCUCAGACACCGUCUCCAGCUGCAACAAGGUUCACAUCUCAGACACCGUCUCCAACUGCAACAAACUUCACAUAUCAGACACCGUCUCCAGCUGCAACAAGGUUCACAUCUCAGACACCGUCUCCAGCUGCAACAAACUUCACAUCUCAGACACCGUCUCCAGCUGCAACAAGGUUCACAUCUCAGACACCGUCUCCAGCUGCAACAAACUUCACAUAUCAGACACCGUCUCCAACUGCAACAAGGUUCACAUCUCAGACACCGUCUCCAGCUGCAACAAGGUUCACAUCUCAGACACCGUCUCCAACUGCAACAAACUUCACAUAUCAGACACCGUCUCCAGCUGCAACAAGGUUCACAUAUCAGACACAGUCUCCAGCUGCAACAAACUUCACAUAUCAGACAGUCUCCAGCUGCAACAAACUUCACAUCUCAGACACCGUCUCCAGCUGCAACAAGGUUCACAUCUCAGACACCGUCUCCAACUGCAACAAACUUCACAUCUCAGACACCGUCUCCAGCUGCAACAAGGUUCACAUCUCAGACACCGUCUCCAGCUGCAACAAACUUCACAUCUCAGACACCGUCUCCAGCUGCAACAAACUUCACAUCUCAGACACCGUCUCCAGCUGCAACAAACUUCACCAAUCAGACACCGUCUCCAGCUGCAACAAACUUCACAACUCAGACACCGUCUCCAACUGCAACAAGGUUCACAUCUCAGACACCGUCUCCAACUGCAACAAGGUUCACAUCUCAGACACCGUCUCCAGCUGCAACAAACUUCACAUCUCAGACACCGUCUCCAGCUGCAACAAGGUUCACAUCUCAGACACCGUCUCCAGCUGCAACAAACACAUAUCAGACACCGUCUCCAGCUGCAACAAACUUCACAUCUCAGACACCGUCUCCAGCUGCAACAAACUUCACCUCUCAGACACCGUCUCCAGCUGCAACAAACUUCACAUAUCAGACACCGUCUCCAGCUGCAACAAACUUCACCAAUCAGACACCGUCUCCAACUGCAACAAGGUUCACAUAUCAGACACCGUCUCCAACUGCAACAAGGUUCACAUCUCAGACACCGUCUCCAGCUGCAACAAACUUCACAUCUCAGACACCGUCUCCAGCUGCAACAAACUUUCACUCUCUACUUUACACUGCCACCCUGGACGGAGACACUGGAGGAAAGGCCUGUUACAGACAGGUUGCUCUUGGAGGAAAGGCCUGAUACAGACAGGUUGCUCUGGGAGGAAAGGCCUGUUACAGACAGAUUGCUCUUGGAGGAAAGGCCUGUUACAGACAGAUUGCUCUUGGAGGAAAGGCCUGUUACAGACAGGUUGCUCUUGGAGGAAAGGCCUGAUACAGACAGGUUGCUCUGGGAGGAAAGGCCUGUUACAGACAGGUUGCUCUUGGAGGAAAGGCCUGUUACAGACAGGUUGCUCUUGGAGGAAAGGCCUGUUACAGACAGGUUGCUCUUGGAGGAAAGGCCUGUUACAGACAGAUUGCUCUUGGAGGAAAGGCCUGUUACAGACAGAUUGCUCUUGGAGGAAAGGCCUGUUACAGACAGGUUGCUCUUGGAGGAAAGGCCUGUUACAGACAGGUUGCUCUUGGAGGAAAGGCCUGUUACAGACAGGUUGCUCUUGGAGGAAAGGCCUGUUACAGACAGGUUGCUCUUGGAGGAAAGGCCUGUUACAGACAGGUUGCUCUGGGAGGAAAGGCCUGUUACAGACAGGUUGCUCUUGGAGGAAAGGCCUGUUACAGACAGAUUGCUCUUGGAGGAAAGGCCUGUUACAGACAGGUUGCUCUUGGAGGAAAGGCCUGUUACAGACAGACUGCUCUUGGAGGAAAGGCCUGUUACAGACAGGUUGCUCUUGGAGGAAAGGCCUGAUACAGACAGGUUGCUCUUGGAGGAAAGGCCUGUUACAGACAGGUUGCUCUUGGAGGAAAGGCCUGUUACAGACAGGUUGCUCUUGGAGGAAAGGCCUGAUACAGACAGGUUGCUCUUGGAGGAAAGGCCUGAUACAGACAGAUUGCUCUUGGAGGAAAGGCCUGUUACAGACAGGUUGCUCUUGGAGGAAAGGCCUGUUACAGACAGACUGCUCUUGGGGGAAAGGCCUGUUACAGACAGACUAUUCUGGGAGGAAAGGCCUGUUACAGACAGACUGCUCUUGGAGGAAAGGCCUGUUACAGACAGGUUGCUCUUGGAGGAAAGGCCUGUUACAGACAGACUGCUCUGGGAGGAAAGGCCUGUUACAGACAGGUUGCUCUUGGGGGAAAGGCCUGUUACAGACAGGUUGCUCUUGGAGGAAAGGCCUGUUACAGACAGACUGCUCUUGGAGGAAAGGCCUGAUACAGACAGGUUGCUCUUGGAGGAAAGACCUGUUACAGACAGACUGCUCUUGGAGGAAAGGCCUGUUACAGACAGAUUGCUCUUGGAGGAAAGGCCUGUAUCGUUUCAGCCGACUGCCAGCUUGUCAACAUCACAGUACCAUGACAAGACAUGGGUUGUGGAAUAUCAGUUUAGAAGCUAAAUACUGUGUUUCUAUUGGCUAGAGACUGUUCUAAUCUAGAGACUGUGUUUCUAUUGGCUAGAAACUGUGGAAUGCCAGUUUAGACUGUGGAUCUAUUGUUGUGCUUGCCCUGAGACCUUGGAUUGGCUGUGGCCAUUUGAUGACAGGAGAGGAGAGCUGAGAGGAGAGAAAGACUACAGUGUUUCUGUCUGGUCCACAUCACACUGCCCUGAGACUGAUGAUGCUGCUGCCUACUGUACUGUGGAGACAUAACACACCUUGUCUGGUAUAGAAAUGGGGAGGUUUUAACUGUCAUUUAAAUCUCUUUACUGAAACAACAAGAGGGAUGUUUUCUAGAAGAUGGGGAGGUUUUAACUGUCAUUGAAACCUCUUUACUGAAACAACAAGAGGGAUGUUUUCUAGAAGAUGGGGAGGUUUUAACUGUCAUUUAAACCUCUUUACUGAAACAACAAGAGGGAUGUUUUCUAGAAGAUGGGGAGGUUUUAACUGUCAUUUAAACCUCUUUACUGAAACAAGAGGGAUGUUUUCUAGAAGAUGGGGAGGUUUUAACUGUCAUUUAAACCUCUUUACUGAAACAACAAGAGGGAUGUUUUCUAGAAGAUGGGGAGGUUUUAACUGUCAUUUAAACCUCUUUACUGAAACAACAAGAGGGAUGUUUUCUAGAAGAUGGGGAGGUUUUAACUGUCAUUUAAAUCUCUUUACUGAAACAAGAGGGAUGUUUUCUAGAAGAUGGGGAGGUUUUAACUGUCAUUUAAACCUCUUUACUGAAACAACAAGAGGGAUGUUUUCUAGAAGAUGGGGAGGUUUUAACUGUCAUUUAAACCUCUUUAUUGAAACAACAAGAGGGAUGUUUUCUAGAAGAUGGGGAGGUUUUAACUGUCAUUUAAACCUCUUUACUGAAACAACAAGAGGGAUGUUUUCUAGAAGAUGGGGAGGUUUUAACUGUCAUUUAAACCUCUUUACUGAAACAACAAGAGGAACGUUUUCUAGAAGAUGGGGAGGUUUUAACUGUCAUUUAAACCUCUUUACUGAAACAACAAGAUGGGGAGGUUUUAACUGUCAUUUAAACCUCUUUACUGAAACAAGAGGGAUGUUUUCUAGAAGAUGGGGAGGUUUUAACUGUCAUUUAAACCUCUUUACUGAAACAACAAGAGAGAUGUUUUCUAGAAGAUGGGGAGGUUUUAACUGUCAUUUAAACCUCUUUACUGAAACAACAAGAGGGAUGUUUUCUAGAAGAUGGGGAGGUUUUAACUGUCAUUUAAAUCUCUUUACUGAAACAAGAGGGAUGUUUUCUAGAAGAUGGGGAGGUUUUAACUGUCAUUUAGACAAAACACAGACGUUCCUCGUAGGGUACUGUAUAUGACUGGCUGUCACAGCUACUGACAGACAAAACACAGACGUUACUCGUCGGGUACUGUAUAUGACUGGCUGUCACAGCUACUGACAGACAAAACACAGACGUUCCUCGUAGGGUACUGUAUAUGACUGGCUGUCACAGCUACUGACAGACAAAACACAGACGUUACUCGUCGGGUACUGUAUAUGACUGGCUGUCACAGCUACUGACAGACAAAACACAGACGUUACUCGUCGGGUACUGUAUAUGACUGGCUGGAACCAGGGAGAGAAACACAGACGUUACUCGUCGGUACUGUACACGUCUCACAGUUCUCUGUUGCUCAGUGUGCAUCAGUCCAGUCAGGCUUGUUUCUCAUUGCUGGAACCAGGGAGAGAAACACAGACGUUACUCAUCGGUACUGUAUGACUGGUUGGAACCAGGGAGAGAAACACAGACGUUAGUUC